AUGGCCUCACCCAGCUCCGCUGCCGGCUUCUCCGAAGGCGAGCAGCCGACCCCCUCGCCUCACCAUCUCGACAAGUCCUUCUUGACCAACGCGAACGCCAGCAUGACCGAAGACGAGGACACCUUGACGGCCCAGGACCCCAGUGCCAUCGGCAAGAUCCGCCACCUCAAGAAAGAGGACGGCGAGCCACUCUGGCGCUACGACAUCCAGUACGAUUUUCUGCGCGCCGUCUUUGACGACGAACGCGAGGUCUUUACCAACAGCUACGAGCCUUCGAUGCCUAGCAAACAGUGUUUUGCCGACCUUUACAUCGACACGAUGGCACGCAGCAGCAAGACUAGCAAGAUCCUGCACGACAAGCUGCUGAGCGACCGCAACGCUGCCAAGAGUAUGGCCAUGGUCUGUCUGCUGGUCAACAUUGGCCGCAUGAACACGACCCUGAAUUGUCCGCUGACAACAAAUGCAGUCUUCCCCGAGAUGCGCGCCCAGCUUCGCACCUACCACGCCAUCCCUUCGCUCCAGGUCCAGCAGGAUGCACACGCCUACAAGCAGCUGCAGGACGCCCCACGCCUCAAGUCGAUACUCAAGGGGGGCUCGGAAGACCGCGCCGAGCCGCGCACGCUGGACACGCUCAAGGAUCAGGAUGUGCCGCGAACAAACCCCGUCAACCUCAUCUUUCUCAUCUGCCACAGUGCUGCCAAGGUGGCCGAGCUGCACUUCCCGCCCGGUCGCGAGUUCCACGACCUGAUCAUGCGCACGAAUCUGUCGAGCAAGUCGCGCGCCGCCGCCUUCCUGUGGAUCAUGUGGUUCUACCUCGAGUCGGACUUUACCGAAGAGGGCUGCGAAGAGAACCCGUUUGGCGCCGGCGUCGACUAUGACGUGGAUGUGGCCAACCAGGGCGUGCCGAUGCUGGAAGAGCUCACGCCCGAAGAAGAGGGACGCGAGAACCAGGACACGGCCGAAGAGCGCGAGUUUGGUAUCGCCAAGAAAAACCAGCGGUCGGCCAUCCUGCGGGACGAGCAGCUGUUCACAGACUCGCCGCCCGUCAAGCGAAGCUCACGCACAUCUGCACGGCCGUCUGCCGUUGCCACCAUGGCAAAAGAGCUGUCUGCGGCGCCAGACGGCGAGCGUUCCGGUCCGCCGGCGAUCCUCCCGCGCAUCCGGCCCUCAAAACACGACAGCGACGUCGAGAGCACACGCUCGACGCCACCGCCCCGGUCGUUGAACCGCUCGUUCGGCCCUGGUGGACCUGGCGGCAGCACGACGUCUCGGCGAGCCGGUCCGCUAAAGUACCAAAUCAUCGAAGGGUCGUCACCGGCCCGUCAGCCACCACUGUUGCAACAGAUGCACCAGCAACAACAACAGCAGCUACUGCGCAAGCGCGGCAGCAGGCCAUCGCAGAAGGCUGUCGGACGGAUGCCGGACACGAGGGCGCGAACACGCCGGCUCCCACGGGCGGCCGCAAGCCGCGAACCGCCGACGGCACACCAGAUCGCCGUGGAGAACAAUCGCAAGCAGCGGAUAGAAUACCUGCUUUCGCGCGGCAUGCAGCGCAAGCACCACCGGGCCGGCGCACAGGACGGGGCGAUUGUGCGGGCAUACCGGCGGCUGCAACAGGUCGAGGACCCGUUCGAGGACAGCGAGAACGAGGACAACGUGGCCUGGAACCGCGGCAUCUUCUCCUUCCAGCCGGGUGCGCCGCAAACCAAGGUGACGGGCGACGCGUUUCGGGAGCGCGGCUUUGGCGGCAUUGUGCUGCUCAACGACGAGCAGGACGACUUUGGCGAAGAGGUGUCGGCCUACUCGGCCGCCAUCCGCCGGGCAGCGCGCCGGAUGAACCGGUGGGAGGAGACCAAGAGCACCGCGGUCGUGGCGCCGAUGAAGCGACAACGCGUGCACGUGACGCCCGACGACGACUAUCCCGAUCCCAACGAGACCGAAGAGGAGAUGGAUCUGGAUGGCGACCAUCUGGACAUGUCGCUGCUCGAGGUGCCGCAGCUGCCGUUGCCGACCGCAAUGCCAUCGUCGACGAAACGGCGCCGGACAACAGGAGCAGAACCGGGAGCUGGCGGCAUUGGUGGCACGCCGAGCGGCCGUGCAAAGGGCAGCAGCAGCAGGGCCGCCGGCAAGGCAGCAGGGGGCGGCACAGCUACAGCCAACGGUCGACGUCGGCGGCCUGCAGCAGCAGCACCGGUGUCUGUAACCAAUGACGAGGACGGUGGUAGUCAGCACGACGGCUCUAUGAUCCCGGCACAGAAACAGGGCGCGGAAGUCGGAGAUUACCCUAAAGUCCUUUGA